AGAGCUGGACUAUUGGUUUAUGUUUGCAUCGUCGCUUUGUAUGUACGCUUUGACCGCGACUUGCGCAAAACUCACUGUGCAAUUGAUCAGCCAGUACCUGCGAGGAUUUAACCAAUCCAAUGCUCCUCAACGAUCUGUCACCGCACAUAAUCUAUCGCACGAUAAAGCAAUUAGUCUGACUACCUGCGGCCAACGUCAACGACAUAAUGGCUCCUCAUUUCAUCACGAAACACAUCAUGCCAUGUUCUGGGACUCCAGUCCACAAACUAACCUGCACUCACACCAUCCACGCUUCCUUUCUGCAACCAAACUCCUCCUCAAAAUGUGCCCCUAACUGCGCUGCUGUUGAUCUUUCCACCACCGCCGAACCCUCGUUUCUCUGUCCCACAUGCUACGAGUCCACCCUCCGCGACGAAUAUCAAGAGUUUGUGAAGCGCUGCAAGAAAAAGGCCAAGGAAGGUGGGUGCAACAUAGAGAUCUUUGUGUGUGAGCUUAAGGAAGAUUGCGAUCAUGGAAAUUUGGUAGGGAAGGAGUGGAUGAAGGAGGUUCAUACCUGGUGUACUGUUUUCCUGGGUCACAAGAGUUUCGAGAAAUUGGUGAAGGAGAGUUACAGACGGAAGGUGGAGAUGGAGAAAAUGAGGGAUUGCAAGGCUGUAGAUGGGGGGUUUGAGUAAGAAGUAGAGGUAUCUGCUGCAUGCUGAUGAAGGGAGUGCUUAAUCAGGGUUUGUUGAUGUCGGGACGGGGUGUCUGGGAUGAUCUUCAAAGUCGUACGAGACACCAUUGCCUUCACCAUACUGAGUGAGGAUAAGGUGCUUCAACACAUCGAAAAAGUGAUAGUACAGUGCGCCCGUAGCCUGCAAGCUACUAUAUUGCGUGAGUGCCUGAUGCGCAGCCAACUGCUAGAUACCUCCUCGCGCUGCAAUGUCAGGAGACCCAUAGCUUCGGAGACAGUUGAAGCAAUAUGACCACACCAUGAACAUUUCCAUACACCUAAAAUAGACGGGAGACUUCUGUGAU